AUGAGUAAGUUGAUCUUUGAUGUUCCCUCUAGGGCUGCGACCACGGAUGCAGCUGCGGCUCCUCUUGCCAGUGCCCUGCCGGCGCUUGCAACUGCCCUGUACGUGAUUAUCCUCCUUUUCGAUGACGAGUGA